UCUAGCUGCGGCACAGUCCCGCGACUGUCAUCGCACGGUAUACACGAAACCGCGAUAUAACGUAUGGAUCGCCGUGUUCGCACAUCUCUCCCGUAUUCUCUCUAGUUCGACUCGAAACGAAUUUGUUAACAAACGAUUCAACGGUAAAUAAAUACACGCUGUUCACGUGAAUAGGUCUCGCGAAAGCUGCGUACUUAUUGUGCAGAAGUGUUUGGUUUCUCAGAGAUUGAAAACGACGGCUGUGGAAAUCGUUCCAGACCAAGGGAGAGCGCAAAGAUCUACACGGUGAAUCAUCAAGGAUUCAGUGUUGUUAUCAUUUAAUCCCGUUACAAAAAAGAGAUACCGGAGGAAGAGGAUCUUUAUCGUGGAAGGAAGGAAGGAAGGGAUCGGCCAGCAGGCAGGAAGAGAUCGUCGUAGGGGGAUCGCCAUAGCUAAUCGUACCACCCAAGGUGGCACAGAUUGAGAGCUCUAUCAGCACACAUCCUCUCCUGGGCACCCAUCACCCGAUACGUGAGCACGUAACCACCGGAAGAAGCCAGCACCGUGGUCGAUCAACGGAUCACCGGAUCAAUCCCUUUCGAGCCUCUCGACCUCUCCUGCUCGUUCGCACCGCCUUCCCUUCCCCAUCGGGGGCGCGACAUACACAGCAGCCGCUUCCGGCUAACCGGAAGUGACGCUCUAUGCGAACGGGUGACCACCGUCUUUUGUCGGGAUACCAAUACCACGCAAACGUAAACCAGCACAUCAAACGGUCACCAUGGAAGUCGCCACUGAACUGUCUCCGUUGUCAGGAUCGGACACACAAUGCAAGAUCACCGAGCGGACGUCGUAUUAUCCUCAGGAGCCGAACAAGAGGCCGAAGACCAGACAGGAAAAGGUCCGAGCCUGUCUCAAACACAAUGCCUUGACGAUGUUAACUGUCGCCGGUGUGUUCGGUGGCGUGAUCCUAGGUAUCAUCCUGAGGAACGUCAGGACGCAGGGAUGGUCGGCGCGCGAGAUCAUGUACAUCAAUUACAUCGGAGACCUGUUCCUGAGGAUGUUGAAGAGCUUGAUCUUGCCGUUGAUCAUAUCCAGCUUAGUCUCGGCCAUUGGCUCGCUGGAUUUAUCACUCAGCGGCAAGAUCGGCGCGCGAGCUAUAGUCUAUUAUAUGACGACCACUGUCAGUGCCGUUGUGUUAGGUAUAAUUCUGGUGAUCAGUAUUCAACCGGGUGUGGGAAACAAUCCCCAGACUAAAAUGAAGGGGAAACCUCAGAACGUUUCAACCAUCGACACUCUAAUGGAUUUGAUCAGAAACAUGUUCCCACCGAAUCUCGUGGAGGCGUGCAUUUCUCAACACAGAACGGAAAUGCAGAAACCCGAGAACAGUUCAAUAGUUAACAUGGAUUACUGGGAACCGGUGCAGAAGAGCGUUUCCGGUACGAACAUCAUGGGGCUAGUAGUCUUUGCGACUGUGUUAGGAAUAACUUUGGGAAAAAUGGAACAACAGGGUAAACCGCUUCUCCUCUUCUUCGAGUCCUUGUCCUCUGCUAUGAUGUUAAUAACUCACUGGGUGAUCUGGCUGUCUCCUUUGGGUGUACUCUUUCUGGUAGCUGCCAAGAUCACCGAGAUGCAAUCGCUGGAUCAAGUAGUCGCUCAGCUAGGAAUGUAUUUCCUCACAGUCCUUAUCGGUCUCUUUAUUCACGGUUUCAUCGUGUUACCUCUAUUAUAUUUCGUGAUAACGAGGAAGAAUCCUUACGUGUACAUCUCGAACCUGGCCCAGGCGUUGGUCACCGCGUUCGGAACUUCUUCCAGUUCAGCCACUCUCCCAGUUGCAAUCAAUUGCUUAGAAGAAGGAAACAACAUCGAUCCACGGAUCACCAGAUUCGUUUUACCGAUCGGUGCUACUAUUAACAUGGAUGGUACCGCGUUGUAUGAAGCAGUAGCUGCGAUUUUCAUCGCCCAAGUGCGUCAAGUUAGCCUCAGCUUCGGGCAGCUGGUAGCGGUCAGCAUCACGGCGACUGCUGCAAGUAUUGGGGCCGCUGGUAUCCCACAGGCAGGUCUUGUGACGAUGGUGAUGGUACUGGAGACGGUUCGACUCCCGGCCGACGAUGUCUUCUUGGUCAUUGCCGUUGAUUGGUUACUAGAUCGCUGCAGGACAACGGUGAACGUGGUGGGUGACUCUCUCGGAGCAGGGAUCGUGAACCAUCUGAGCAGGAACGAGCUAAACGCGAUGCAGCACAACACGCAACCCCAAAACGGCGCCGACCACGGCACAACGUCUAUAUGAGAUCGAUAAUGAUUGUUAUCUCGAUUGAUAAUUCCUAAACGCUGUCGACGGCGAUCAGCGUCCGCUUUCUUCUUCAACACUUUGUUCGCUAUGUCGCACAUUCUAAUCGAAGAGCCAUCGAGGUCUUUGACGAAGUUCAAGCAUAAUAAUUAGAUUACGGGUUUCGAUGCAUUUAUAAUUGUGCUGAAUUUUGAACAAUGCGCCUGUCAGUAUGAAAAAAUAAUUGAAGGAACGUGCAUGCUACGAAUUUCAUUCCUUAGUAUUCGAAAUGUUUCAUUUUGCAUAGAAAUCCGCAAUCUAAUUAUGAUCCUCCGAGAGCUGCGAUAAUAGCGCGCGCGUAGCUACUAUACUCUUGUAGAUUUUCCAUCCUUGGAAAAAGGGUUUGCCGUUAUAUAUAUUUUGUAUGUGAAACCGGUGAGUACCAGAUUCGUUCGAUCAAAGUACAAAGGUAAUUGUGGAAUGAUCUGAUCAUGUUUUAAUGGUCGUCCUAAGUUGAUGUAAGUUCAAUUUAAAUGGUACGAGAUCCGUUUGUUCAAGUUCGAACGUACGAGAAGCGAAAAACACGAUUCCUCUCGUCGAUUAAUUGCGUGCCAUAUACUUUAAAGUGUUAAACAAUACAAAUGUGUAGCGUGCUAUUUUCUUCCUGAAAACAGGUUUCCCUCUUUAUUUACAUCCCUCAAACGGUAUGAUGAACGUGUAACUGCCCGAGUGUUCUAAUUUAUUCGAAAAGUGUUCCGUUUUGUUUUUUUUUUACUCCCGAACUCGUUCACGGCGAAACAUCGUUCUCUUCUCGUGAAGUAAAAGCUAAUAUUCUAUUCCAGAAGCAUUUCACGUGUCGCUGUCUUUUAAAAAUAAGCGACAUAUUUAUACUUACAUAGAAAAUAUGUAUCUGAGCAUAUAUAUGUAUAAAUAUAGUUGAGACGUGUAAAAUCCCGGUGUUACAUGAUUAUUUUAGCUACUAUUUACAUCUUAAUCUUUGUCUUCCAUUAUAAUCUUUUUCUAAAAAAUGUUAGCGAUAAUACAGAAACAUUCAUAACUGUGUUCAAUUUCCUAUAGAUUGUAAAGGGUGCAGAAGAGAAGUUGUUUCAAGUUGAUUCAGAUUAGCGAUUUAAAAAGCCAGUGACAGUAUUGUUGUGAUGCCUCACUGCAAUAGACGAAGAAGUUCAAAUUUGUUAAAAAGUAAAUCAAUAUACUUUGUUACUUUUUAAGAUCGGACAGAAAAAUUAUUAACGAUACAUUAUCACGUUUAUACGGUUACAUUGGUGCAUGCAAUGAGUGUAACUGAUUAGUCAAUCUAUUAGGUCCUUUCAUAGAAGUUUAUAAAAAAAUUAAAUAUGAUUAAAAAAAAGUAUGUUUAAUGUACUAAUUACGUGCAUGAUUUGGACCGUUUAUUAUUGAUUGACUUAUGAAACGACCUAAUAUACACUUUUAACUUACUCAUUGUUUUAUGUAUUAGGUGUAACUUAAGUUAAUUGAACUUUGUUCAUUUUUAAUAUCGAAAAUAAAUUUGUAAAUCACUGACAAAAAUCUGAUUGAUAUGGAAAAGUACUUCUCGAUUGUUAAAAAGGGAAGAUCGACGUAGAAAAAAUGAUUUAACGAUGGAACAACGUUAUAACGUAAAAAUGUUUUUAAUGUUAAGGCAUGAUUAAAACUAAUACUCAUAUCCUAUCGUAAUUAAUCCCGUGAAUAAAUAUAAUGUACAGUUAUCACUUUGCAAUCGAAUUUCGUCAGUAGAAUUUCUGUACAUGUACGUAUUUAAAUAAUUGCCAUAGUUGCUUAAAAAGAAAUAUACUGUAUAAUAUUUAUUUGUACAAUAAA